GUAAGAUUCGUGAAAAGCGACACGGUCUGUCCUCCCCUCCGAUCUAAAGCCCCUUCAAAACCCCUUCGCCGCCUCCCCCACCUCGCCCCUCCCCGGCUCUCACUGCGCCAAAAACCCUAACCCCCGGAACUCCACAGCCAUGUCGACGGCGGCACUCUCCUCCUCCCUCUCCCCCACCUCCGAGAAAAAGAAAAAGAAGAAGAACAAGAAGUCCUCCUCCGCCGCUGCCGCCGCAAAUGGCGGAGAUGGAACCCCCAUCUCCCCCGCCGGCGAUGAUCUGUUCCAGAAGGACUACCUCAUCAAGCCCCAGUCGUUCACCCCCUCGAUUGACACCUCCAAGUGGCCGAUCCUCCUCAAGAACUACGACCGCCUCAACGUCCGCACCGGCCACUAUACCCCACUCCCCGCCGGGCACUCCCCUCUGAAACGCCCACUUCCCGAGUAUCUCCGCUACGGCAUCAUCAACCUCGACAAGCCCUCCAACCCUUCCUCCCACGAGGUCGUCGCCUGGAUCAAGCGCAUCCUCCGCGUCGAGAAGACCGGCCACAGCGGCACCCUCGACCCCAAAGUCACCGGCAAUCUCAUCGUCUGCAUCGACCGCGCCACCCGCCUCGUCAAGUCCCAGCAGGGCGCCGGCAAGGAGUACGUCUGCGUCGCCCGCCUUCAUUCCGCCGUCCCCGAUGUCGCCAAGGUCGCCCGGGCGCUCGAAACCCUCACCGGCGCCGUCUUCCAGCGCCCGCCGCUCAUCUCGGCCGUCAAGCGCCAGCUCCGGAUCAGGACCAUUUACGAAAGCAAGCUUCUCGAGUAUGAUCCUGUCAAGCAUCUCGUGGUUUUCUGGAUUUCGUGCGAGGCUGGCACCUAUGUCCGGACGCUCUGUGUUCACCUGGGCUUGCUUCUUGGUGUCGGAGGGCAUAUGCAGGAGCUGCGGCGGGUGCGGUCUGGGAUCCUUGGGGAGAAGGAGAACAUGGUGACGAUGCACGAUGUCUUGGAUGCCCAGUGGGUGUACGAUAAUUUUAAGGAUGAGAGCUAUCUGAGACGGGCGGUAAUGCCGUUGGAGGUUCUGCUCACGAGUUACAAGAGGGUGGUGGUGAAGGACUCGGCGGUCAAUGCUAUCUGUUACGGUGCCAAGCUGAUGAUCCCUGGGCUGCUGAGGUUUGAGAAUGAUAUUGAAGUCGGGGAGGAGGUUGUGCUGAUGACUACCAAGGGGGAGGCGAUAGCUUUGGGGGUUGCAGAGAUGACAACUGCAGUGAUGGCAACCUGUGAUCAUGGGUCGGUUGCGAGGAUUAAGAGGGUGGUGAUGGAUCGGGACACAUACCCAAGGAAGUGGGGGCUGGGGCCGAGAGCAUUGAUGAAGAAGAAGUUGGUUGCUGAAGGGCUGCUAGACAAGCACGGGAAGCCAAAUGAGAAGACACCGCCGGAGUGGCGUAGACAUGCAGUGUUGCCAACUGGAGGGGACUCGAUGAUCGCCAGCCUUGCAGCAGCGCCGGAGUCAGGGGCGCCAAAGGGGGAGGCGGCGGUUGAAGAAGCGAAGGAAGAGAAGAAAAAGAAGAAGAAGCAUAAGGAUGGGGAUGAUGGUGAUGAAGGAAGGAAGCGUAAAUUGGAGGAUGGAGGUGAAAGCCCUAUUGCUAAGAAACUUAAGGUUGAGGAAGUUGGGGAUGCUGUGGUUGAGUCUGAAGGGAGGAAGGUGAAGAAGGAGGAGGAGGAAAUCGAGGAAGUGUUGGUUGAAGAGGUUAAGAGUGAGAAGAAGAAAAAGAAGAAGAAGGAAGACAAGGAAAAAGGAAAUUCAGGACUGUCUGAUGAGGACGGGGCAGUAAAAAAGGGAAGGAAGAAGGAGAAAAGCAGUAAAGAUAAGGGUGAACUGGGAUCAUCUGAUGAGGAAAGAGAGGAGAAAAAGAAGAAGAAGAAGAAGAAGAAGAAGAGUAAAGAUGGUGAUGAUGGUGGGGAACUUGAAUUACCUAGCAGCAUAAGAGAUGGCAAUGGGGAAGAGGAGAAAACUGAGAAGAAGGAGAAGAAAAAGAAGAAGCAUCGGGAUGCAGAGGAGACAGCUUGAGUAGAGGAAGUGUCUCUCUGGGAUUUCAUCUUCAAGGGAGAAAUUAGUUUGUCGUUUCACAAAUUGAUGCAAUUGAGCGCUUCUCUGUCAAAUAUUCAAGACAUCAGGAGCCCCUUUUGCUUCCAAUUUAGUACAGUUGCAGGAAUGGAACGGGUUUUGCAGGAGCUGGCUUGAAGGCAUAAGGUUCCUCAUUGUAGCAGUAUCCUUGUUACAGAUUCACCAAACUACAAUUCGGGUUGAUGGGAGGGCUUCAGAUAUGCCAGGGAGUUGUUUGUGAGUCAAAUCUCGCUCGAGGGGGAAUCCUUGAUAAAUCUAGCAUAUCACGAUGGGUGGUAAUAAGUUGUAACCUGAGCUUACUUCAACAUCUUUGCAGCAAAGAUCUUUGAGCAGAUUAUCUUCUUCAUUUCUUAUUGUAGUCUGCAGAAUUUGGAAUUUGAGUUCCCAUAUGCAACAUAAUUUCUUGAACCAUUCAAAUGUUUUAUACCCAUUUCCAACUUAUACAUUCAGUUGAAGGUUCAGUACUUUUCCAUGAUCUGGAAUGGUAGACUACAGUUCAAUUUCGUAGCUCAAAAGUGGAAGCAGUCAUCAUUUUGGUCUGAACUAUCACGUAUAGAAUAAAUUUGUCUUACCAGGUCUUCUACAUGUGCAUGUGGUGCUGCCGAAGAGAUCGGAGGGUGGAGCAGGUUGCAUCUUCCGUGCGGAAGAAGGAUUCACCUACCUUCACCCAAAACAACCAUUGGAUCACCUGCAGCACGGAUCACAAAGCACUCUGAACGUCCCCUUUCAUCUGUCUGCAAAGAUCUCAAAGUGACCGGUGCGUGAUCCAAUGGUGGAUUCGCAACAAAAAGGGCGAACCCUUCUUUUGCGCUUAAUGGGUCUUCAGACCUUUGGUACCUUGUGAUGCCAAAUAUAAAUAAAGGUCUACCCAUGGUUCCAAGGAGAGGAAAAGCAAUGCAACUUUCAAUUUUCUAAUAUUGUUGUAGGGGAGACAACUGCAUUGGCUGCUCGACGCCUACUUGCAACAAUUGUGGAAGAACAGUGGUUUAUGAUGAAACUAAAUGCUGUUGUGAUGUGAAAAGAUGGGAAUGUGGAAAGAACAGCCCCUCUUCCAAUAUGGGAGUUUUAUGUUGAAA